AUUCGAACAUAAGCAAGCCUUGUGUCGAAGGAAUACUAAACAUAACCUAAAGACACACUCAUCAUCAAUAUAUAAUGGAUUUCCGCAGCGCUUUGGCGCUAGUGUGCUCAUUGAUUAGCCUGGGCUUCGCCAGCGCUACAAGUGAAAAUGGGCCCUCGGCAGUCGUUGAAUUGACCGAACAUACCAUCCACAAGUUCAUUUCUGAUAAUGAUGCUGUCUUGGUUAAGUUCUAUGCUCCAUGGUGUAUGCACUGCCAGUCAUUGGCACCGGAAUAUGAGAAGGCCGCCAAACAACUAUCGGAAGAAGGUAGCGAAAUCAUUUUGGCCGAAUUGAACUGUGACGGCGCUCCCACUGUUGCACAAGAGUUCGGUAUUGAAGGAUACCCAACCAUCAAGUUCUUCCGUAAAGGUAACCCUCGUGAAUACGAUGGUACACGCCAAGCCGACGGAAUCGUAUCAUGGUGCAAGGAUAUCCUACUGCCAGCUGUAGUCAGGGUGGUAAGCGCUGACGAUAUCAUUCAUGAAGCAGAUAUCAUCUUCGUCGCCUCCGGCCACGAUAGCAGCGAGGAGCUUAUGCAGGAGUAUGAAAAUUUGGCUGAUAUCCACCGUAGUGAUGCUACCUUCUAUUUUGUACACCAGGGUAAGAAGGAAAUCUACGUGAUGCACAGAGGCAACGACCGUUUCGAGUUCACCGGCUCAACAGUUGAAGAGUUGGUUGAAUUCGUAAGACAGGAGAGCCUGCCCCUCUUUGCUGAGAUUGGUCACGCCAACUAUGUGCGUUACUUCAACUCUGGCAAGGCCAUAUCGUGGUUCUGCGCCACCCAGGCUGACUACGAUAAAUACCGUAGUACCUUCAUCUCCGUCGCACGUAAAUUGCGCGCUAGCGUACUAUUCGCGUGGCUCGAUGUCGAGAAAUUCACUGCUGCCAAAGAGGCAUUUGCCAUAGAAUCCUUCCCCGCCGUAGCACACCAGACCAAUGCCGGCAGGUACAUCCUUCUCCCAGAGGUCUACCCCUACGACGACGUUGAGGCAGUGAUACGCUUCUACUCCGAUGUAGAGGCUGGUAAAGUACCACGCAGCAUUAAGAGUGAAGCCGAACCCACUAGCAACGACGGCCCCGUAGUCACACUUGUUGGUAAAACACUCACCAGCUACGUACAAAACGCAUCUAAACCAAUAUUGCUCAUGAUCCACUCACCAUUCUGUGAACAUUGCAAGAAGUUCAUGCCAGUAUUUACAUCAUUCGGUGAAACCAUGGGAUCUGACGGACGCGUCAGCGUAGCACUACUCAACGGUGACGCCAACGAAUCUGAACUUGAAUUCAUCCAAUGGACCGCUUACCCAACCGUCCUACUCAUCAAACCAGGUGGCACUGAUGUCAUGUCCUACGAGGGCAAACGCACACUCGAGGAUCUCACAUCCUUCGUAGAAAAGCAUGUCGCCGACCAGCGCCAUGAAGAAUUCUAAAAACUCUCAUUUAAAUGUGGUGACCAUCU